AUGCAAUUCAUAGGUGAUAUUGAAUUGUGUUUUGGUUCUUCGUCUUCGCAGUUCUGGGAUUUACUCCAUUUCGUGUUCUGGGUUCAUCGUAUCGAGAGACAUCGAUUUCGAUUUCGUAAAGAUAGCAAUCAAGUUUGCAGAGAUAUCGUAUAUCUGAAAAUGGCGUUCUCCAACAAACUCGGCGGUCACUUGAAACAAAGCGUUCUCCAAAACAGAAAUGUGCCAGUGACAUCGAUGCUUGGUUCUCUCCGCUACAUGGCCACAAAGCUUUACAUUGGUGGUCUAUCACCUGGAACUGACGACCAGUCCUUGAAAAACGCUUUCUCUAGCUUUAACGGAGUCACAGAAGCAAUGGUCAUGACAAACAAAGCGACUGGGAGGUCUAGAGGUUACGGAUUUGUCAAUUUCGUCAAUGAGGAUUCUGCAAAAUCUGCUAUUUCAGCUAUGGAUGGACAGGAGCUAAAUGGGUUUAACAUUCGUGUGGACGCUGCAAAAGAAUGGCCAAGUUUGCCAUUGUCUUUGGAAGAGGGUGUGAUAGAAGAUGAGAAGAACGGGAAUAAGAUGGUGAGCCGAUCUGUGUGGAAAGAUCCGUUCGUUGAUGCGUUCUUGAUGAAGAAGAAGAACGCAGCGUUGAGCAAGAAAAUUUGGUCUAGGAGGUCGACGAUUCUACCGGAGUAUGUUGAUUCGAUGGUGAGAAUCUACAAUGGCAAAACUCAUGUGCGUUGUAAGAUCACUGAAGGCAAAGUUGGGCAUAAGUUUGGAGAGUUUGCGUUUACAAGAAAAUUGAAGAAGCAUUCUCAAAAAAAGUAA